AAUUCCCAUCACCAGUUGGCACCGUCAGUACGUCACUAAUGUGCCCCGGAUGUUCUUCCACAACGUGUUGAAGGGAGAUUCACGUGUGUGUGUUUAAUCUUGAACACCGUACAAUCAGGAGUUGGAUAAAACAAAAGAACAGAUUCACCGAGUGUCUGUGUAGCUUGGAGUCAUGGGUCGGAAGUUGGAUCCCACCAAUAAGGUGAAGAGGGGGCCGGGGAAAAAAACCAAGAAGCAGAAAGGAGCAGAGACUGAGUUGGCCAAUUUUAUACCUGAUGAGGAAACAGGGCCAAAACGGCUGUCAAGUAGGGGCAGGAAAAGAGCUGCUAAAAGAGUCCUGAAUUUGAAAAAGCCUAAAGAUGCUGCUCAGGAGGCAAAGAAAGGAUUCACUGAUGAAAACAGUAAAUGGUUGACACCAGCUAAGAGAAAGCGCAAAGCUGAUGAUCCUGAAAGUGAGGAUGACAGUGAUGAACACUGGGAGGAAGAGGAAGACGAGGAGGAGGAGGUGCAGCAGGAACAGACGAAGAAGGGAGGAAAAGACAAAGAAAAGAAGGCCGCCAAAUUAGGCCUGAAAGAAGUGGAGGCGGAGGAGGAGGACGACGACGACGACGACGAUGAUGAUGAAAUGGUUGACGAUUACGGUGCAGUUGAUGACGGCAGCGGUGCGGAAGCAGUGGAAGAAGAAAGUGAUGAAGAGGAGCUUCUUCCCAUUGAGCGUGCAGCCAAGAAAGAGAAAAAGAUGAGGGAAACCUUGGGUCUAGAGAUGGAUGAAGAUGACGAUGAUGACGACGAUGAAGAUGAUGAUGAUGAAGCGGGAAAAAAACCCGAUGCUGACACGGAUGAGGAAGACACAGUACAAGCCAACAUAGAAGACGAGGAGGAUCAAUUUCGGCUACCUGGGGCCGAGGAAAGCGAGAAGGAAGGCAUCCUGCCUCUGGACCUGAAGUCAAUCCAUCAAAGGAUAAAGGACAACAUUGAUGUCCUUUGUAAUUUCUCAUCAAAACGGGAGGAGGGGAAAGAGAGAGCCGAGUACAUCUCUCUUCUGAAGAAGGAUCUCUGUACUUAUUACAGCUACAACUUCUUCCUCAUUGAGAAAUUAAUGGACCUCUUCCCCCUUUCAGAGCUGGUUGAUUUCCUUGAGGCCAAUGAAAUUCACAGACCUGUCACUAUUCGGACCAACACACUGAAAACAAGGAGGAGGGAUCUUGCACAGGCUUUGAUCAACAGAGGAGUGAACCUUGAUCCGCUGGGGAAAUGGUCUAAAGUGGGUUUGGUCAUCUAUGACUCCUCGGUACCUGUAGGUGCCACCCCGGAGUAUCUGUCCGGUCAGUACAUGCUGCAGGGAGCCUCCAGUUUCCUGCCCGUCAUGGCGCUCUCUCCACAGGAGGGAGAGCUGGUGUUGGACAUGAGCUCAGCUCCAGGAGGCAAGACCACCUAUAUUGCUCAGCUGAUGAGAAACACGGGGAUGAUCGUGGCUAAUGACGCCAACGCUGACAGGUUGAAGAGUGUGGUGGGCAACGUCCACCGUCUGGGGGUCACCAACACCGUUAUCUGCAACUACGAUGGAAGGCAGUUCCCAAAGGUGAUGAGCGGGUUUGAUAGAGUGCUGCUUGAUGCUCCGUGCUCAGGCACGGGAGUCAUCGCUAAAGAUCCAGCUGUGAAGACCAGUAAGGACGACGCCGACAUCAUGCGCGCUGCUCACUUACAGAAAGAACUGAUUCUAUCUGCCAUCGACUCCGUCAAUGCUGAUUCCACUUCAGGAGGAUAUCUGGUCUACUGCACAUGUUCAAUAAUGGUGGAGGAGAACGAAUGGGUGGUGGACUACGCUUUAAAGAAAAGGAACGUCAAAUUAGUUCCCACUGGACUUGACUUCGGCAAGGAAGGCUUCACCAGGUUCAAAGAACGUAGAUUUCAUCCUACUCUGAAACUGUCUCGCCGAUUUUACCCUCAUUCCCACAACAUGGACGGGUUCUUUGUGGCCAAGCUGAAGAAGUUCUCCAAUGUAAUUCCAACUGCACCAGCAGCAAAAGUAGAAGAAGAAGAAGAUGCAGAUGCUCCUGAGGCGACAGCCGUUGCGGACGCUGCUGAGGAGAAACCAUCCACAAGUGACAAGAAAAAGAAGAUUGUCCCGGGCAAGGCGGGCGGCUUAAAGGGAAAAACCCAAGCCAACGGAACAGCAGCCAAGAAAACAAACGCAAACGCCAAGCCAAAGGGCAAAAAGAACUCACCUGCUGGACCAAAGAAGGCAAAGAUCGCCAGGAUGGAUGGAGAGACUGUGAAAGGGGCAGCGGCCAAGAAACCUGCAGUGAAGACAGCUGAAGCGUCAAAGGCUGACAAAAAGGAAGGGAGCAGAUUUGAGAAGAAGCAGGUCAAAAAGAGAACACCGACGAAGGCAAAGGCUAGAAUGGGAAAGAAUAAAUUCAGAAAGUUGAAGCACAUGUUGGGCAAAGACGGAGAGUGACGGUGUGUACAGCGUGAUAAAUUGUGCUAGAUUAAGUAAGAGCUUUGUACAGCUUCCUUACGGAUCCCUUCAGCUAACAAGUGUGUGUGCUGUUGUCAUUUCAGAGCAGCGAUACUGUACUAUACUGUACUGUAUGUGUCAGUUACAUAUUAUUUGUAAUGCCCGUGUACAAAUGAAUUAGACUGGUUAGCGAUGAUCUCACUUGUGUUGGCUCCUCCCUUUUUAUUUGUAUUCCAGAUUAUUCAUUAUGUUUUGUCUGUUGGUUUAAUCACAGGCUGGGAUGACAUCCAUACAUCUGUGAAACAUAAUAAAUCUUUUAAGAUAUCUUUCUCAUCA